AUGAGACCAACCAGCCAGCUUCUUCUGCUCCUCUUCUUGGCAUGCAUCUUGCUCCUCUCCAUCCAGACCUCCGCUGCUGACAAGCUCGAGAAAGGCCAGAACCUCACUGACUCCAAUGGCGACACGCUUGUCUCGGCCGGCGGCUCCUUCACCCUAGGGUUCUUUUCUCCCGGGGUGUCCACUAAGAGGUACCUCGGCAUAUGGUUCUCGGUGUCCAACGACACCGUCUACUGGGUGGCCAACCGUGAUGACCCUCUCGGCGACACGUCCGGCAUGUUGGUGUUCAACGACGCUGCCACCCUCGUCCUGCUUGACGGCUCCCGCCGCACGGUCUGGUCUUCAGACUUCUCCAGCGGAAGCGCGGCUCAACUUCUCGAUUCCGGCAACCUGGUUGUGCGGAACGGCAGCAGUGACGCCUACCUGUGGCAGUCGUUCGACCACCCGUCGGACACCUUGCUGCCCGGCAUGAAGCUGGGUAAGAACUUCUGGACCAAAACCGAGUGGCAGCUCACGUCAUGGCGAUCAGCGGACGACCCGUCUCCGGGGGACUACCGCCGUACGCUGGAAACUAAGGGGUUACCGGAGCUCGUCCUGUGGCGUGGCAACGUCAAGACGUACCGCACGGGGCCAUGGAACGGUCUCUACUUCAACGGUGUCCCGGAGGCAUCGACGUACACGAACAUGUACCCGCUGCACAUGACCGGCCUGACGGGCAGGUCGACGGAGAUAACAUAUGGGUACACCGCCGUGCCCGGCGCACCACUGACCCGCGUCGUUGUGAACCACACUGGCGUGGUGGAGCGGCUGGUGUGGAACACCGACACAGGGGCGUGGAUCUCCUUCUUCAGCAGGGGGGCAAGGGACGUCACCUGCGAAGCCUAUGGCAAGUGCGGGGCGUCUGGCCUCUGCAACCCUGAGGCGGCAUUGUCCGGGUUCUGCGGCUGCCUGCCGGGGUUCAGCUCUGUAUCGACUUCGGCGUGGCAGAUGAAGCAGUAUGCGGGCGGGUGCCAGCGCGACGCAGUUCUGGAGUGUCGUGGCGGGAAGACGACGGGCCGCUUCAAGGUGGUGUCAGGAGUGAAGCUUCCUGACACGCAGAAUGCGACCGUGGAUAUUGAUGUCGCUACGCUGGAGGAGUGCGAAGCGAGGUGCUAUGCCAACUGCUCAUGCUUGGCCUACGCUGCUGCUGAUACCAGAGGCGGCGGCAAUCGCAGUGGCUGUGUCAUGUGGGCGGAUGCCAUUGUUGAUCUUCGCCUCAUUGACAGCAAGCAGGAUCUCUACCUCAGGUUGUCGAAAUCAGAAUUUGGUGAGCCAUCUGUGUCCAAGUUUCCUACUCGGAUUGUUAUAAUCGGUGUAUCUGUAUCCGUGAUCAUCAUCGUGGUUCUCCUUGCUUUCUUCUUUUUCAUCUGGAGACGAUCUCACAAUCCAGUACCCAACACUCCUGAUAAUGGUUCUCCAAAUAUUGCUUUGCCCAUGAGGUCUGUGCGUGCACUUUCUUACUAUAAAAGAGGCUACAGGAGGUUUAUCCGACCGAAACAUCAUUGGCAAAGGAGGAUUUAG